CUGGCUAAGGCCAAGGCUAACGCUAAACCUCCCGUCUUCCCGUCUACGACACUUCACUGCGGGCAAUUGAUCGAACACUUGAACGGCGACUCAGAAACCUCAAUCCCAAAGGCCAACUUGACGAAUAAAGAUCUCGUGAGUUUUCCAUUCUCUACAUUUGUUUGCAUGCCCUUUGUGCUGGGUUUCUUUCAUUACGAUUUACCCAUGCAAAUCAUUAGAAAGACAAUUCUGAGCCACAUUAGGGUGAGGGUAAAUCCUCAACAAUGGUUGCCUUAUCAGAGGGCUAUUGUGUUGAAGCAACUGCAAAUGCCAUUUUGUGCUGCUACAGGUGCAAUCCCUGAGCAGGUUAUGAACCGGGUGAUUGGACUGGUUAAGAAAUUUGAUAAAAUUGAUGCCAAUAAGGUUACUGAAAAUGCCGAUUUCCAGAAAGAUUUAUGCUUGGACAGUCUGGAUAGGGUGGAGCUUGUUAUGGCUUUCGAGGAGGAGUUCGCUAUUGAGAUCCCCGAUGAAGAUGCAAGCAGACUCUGUUGCUGUGCUGAUGUUGCCAAAUACAUAUCUUCGGGCAACAGCGCAUAAAGAGAUCCAUCUUGCAAUUGCUUCUCAGUUUCACUACUUUGUACUUGCAUGUUGUAUCUUCUAGUUUCACAACUAUGUGUUUGCCAUUCAUGGAUUAUAAUAAGAUCAGGAUUGUAAGAUUUUUUGUCACACACAGUUCAUCAGUAGUGUCCCAUUUCCACACUUAAAUAAUGUGCAAACACUCAAUAUUUACAUACACACCGCAUCUAUGUUUCCUAUAUUGUGUAUCUUACAUACUUCACAGACAAUGAGAAAAAGGAACCUUGGAACUCCCAGCUGUGACUAGUAGCGCCAUCACAAGGAAUCCAAAAGGUCUGCAAUGCCAUCAUCUAUAUUGCAAUCUCUGUUUCAAUGGUAUGUCUGGUCUUAGAACAUGCUUGCAGAGGUUUCGAAGCUGAAUGCAAGAACGGUAUCUUCCCAGCAGAGUAAUUUCGGAUGCCAUUGCCAACAGAGUACAAUUCCAAGGCCUUGUGUUUCUGGACAUAAGCUGGUCUGCAAGUUGUCUUCUUUGGCAUCCUAAGAACGGUAACACAACAUGUCUUGUCCAUUUCAGGUAUGCCAUGGAGCUCCGAAGGAAGAUCGAUCGUGAAAUCUCCAAAUUCGUCCGUCAAGGUUUGUACAGAAGCUGAUCUCUUUUUGUUCCCUCUGGUUAGGCAGUUGACAGCCACCAAAGCACCUGGAAUGGGCCAUUCAUGGAGCUGAUCAUCCACGAGGAGGAUCAUGGGAAGAUGGUGGUGGUGAGCAAGCGUGGCAGACGAGGGAGCCGGUGACCAAAACGGUUGAGAGCUUCUCUUCCCCGUAACCAGCCAACUGCAUCAUUUCUUCCCUGCUAGAGGGUACAGUAACCGCCGUCGUGGCACCAUCGUCUUCGACGGAUGUCAUGGUGGCCGGAGAUGUUAGGAGGAGGAGGAGGAAGAAGGAGAAGAGAAGAAGGUGGUGGUGGCAACUGCGGCCGCUGGAGUAGCUCAUCUUCUUUGUGUGUGUGUGUCUCUUUUGUUUCGUGAGGGGUUAGAAUUUGCAAGAAGAGGUAUUUAUAUAAACAAAGAGAGUGAGAGAGGAGGAAGAAGGAAGGUGU